AUGGGGAAUCCCAUCUCGCCCACAAUAGCAGAUUUAGCUAUGGAAACACUUUUGGACACAGUUAUACCGUUACUAAAAUUCAAGCUCCCAUUCCUGAAAAAAUAUGUAGAUGAUCUUUUACUAGCACUGCCUGCGAAUCAACUAAACCACGUACUAGAGAUUUUCAACAGUUACAACGAACAUAUCCAGUUCACCUACGAAAUCGAAAGCAAUAAACGACUACCGUUACUAGACAUGACACUAAGAAGACAAAAAAAUCAAAGCAUCAAAACAGAAUGGUAUAUGAAACCAAUAGCCAGUGGCAGAUUUUUGAACUACUACUCGUUCCACCCACUCCAUCACAAAAUUAACAUGGCUAAAAAUUGCAUCAGACGAGUCGACAAGUUAUCCACUAAUCUACAGAACUAUGAUAAAGCUCGCAUCAUUUACAAACAAUUGAGCCUAAACAACUACCCAAAAGCACUAAGGAACAGAUUAAUAAGCCGAAUGCAGGAAAACAUCACCGCACCGCGGGAAACACCUGAUGAAAACCUGGAACAUACUUACCGUUCAAUACCAUACAUACCAUACCUGUCAAACCGAAUCGACAAGUGCCUGAAAAACGAAUACAAAUACAGACGGUGCAAGUCGUAUGUCCGCGACAUCAAAACAGUUAGACAGUUGUUCACAAAUUGGUUAGAUUAA